AUGGCGCUCUCGGCGAUCCUCAGCCUAUCUCUCUCUCAGGCGAUCGUGCUAUCGAUAGGUGUGCUCCUAACUUACGUGGCUGGAACUGCCAUAUACCGAAUCUACUUCCACCCGCUGUCCAAAUAUCCAGGUCCGAAACUGGCAGCUGCAACACGUUUGUGGUGGACAUGGCACCAGCUCCGCGGUAAAUUCCCAUUAACUGUGCAUGAAUUGCAUCUGAAGUAUGGCGAAAUUGUCCGAAUUGCACCCUGUGAACUCUCUUUUACAGGAGCCGACGCAUGGAAGGAAAUCUAUGGAUUUCGCAGUGGCCUGCCAGAGAAUCGCAAGGAUCCAGGCGAGAACACGGACGCCGACAAAAGACAUCCAACAAUUAUCAAUGCCGAUCGCAAAACUCACGGUGAUUUGCGUAAGCUACUUUCCAAUGCUUUUUCGGAUAAGGUAUUGAAGGGUCAAGAGCCUGUAUUGUUGCAUUACAUCGAUCUCCUUGUCAAUCGAUUGCAAGAGGUGGUGGAAAGUAACGAGCCAGUGGAUAUUGUGAAGUGGUUCAACUAUGUGACUUUUGACAUCAUUGGUCAUUUGGCUUUCUAUGAACCCUUUGACUGCUUGAAGAACACCGAGUAUCAUCCGUGGAUGUCUAUGAUAUUCAACGCCAUUAUGUACGUGCACUAUAUUCGCACUUUCCAGCGAUUCAUCGAUGUCCGCUCCAUUAUCCUAGCAGUCAUGCCUAAACGCAUUGUUGAGCGCCGAAAAUGGCAUAUCGGGCUAGUCGCAGAGAAGGUGAAGCGCCGCAAACAGCAGCAUCCUGACUACAUUGACUUCAUGAGCCACUUGAUCCAAGCCGAGGAGAAAGGACAUUUAACGGAUCCCGAUCUUGUAGCCAAUGCAAACCUUAUGGUUAUUGCUGGCAGUGAGACGACGGCGACAAUCUUGUCUGGAACAGUCUAUUAUCUGUGCACACACCCUCAUGUGAUGCAGAAGCUACUUGAAGAGGUCCGCACCUCAUUUGCUGCUAGUGACGAGAUUAACAUUGCGCGAAUCAGCAAGCUCAAGUAUAUCAAUGCGGUGAUUGAUGAGUCUUUCCGUCUCUACCCACCGGCCGCUGGAAGUCAUCCUCGCAUUACGCCUCCUGAGGGGGCUUAUAUCAUGGGCCAAUGGUUACCAGGCAAUACAUCAAUGGGCAUGGCUCAAUAUGCUGUGUUCCGCUCUCCCGCCAAUUUCAAAGAUCCCGAGCUCUACCUCCCCGAGAGGUGGUUGGAUACCGAAGGGCCAUAUGCUGAUGAUAAGCGGGAUGCCCUCCAACCAUUCUCUUUCGGGCCCCGAAACUGCAUUGGCAGAAACUUGGCGAAUAUUGAACUGAGAUUGAUUCUUGCAAAGAUGCUCUGGCAUUUCAAUCUAGAAUUGGAACCGGAGUGUAUCAAUUGGCCGAAAGAUCAAUAUAUCUACACUUCAUGGGAGAAGAUUCCCCUGAAGAUCCGAAUUACGGCACGAAAGUGA